AUGCCAACAAUUCGUUUGGAGGCCAGAUAUAUAUACGAUUCCAGGGGAAUCCCAACAAUCGAAGUGGAGUUAGGGACGAAGCUUGGCGUAUUUUCUGCUUCUACGGGCGGGGGCUCUUCCAUUGGUAAGCAUGAGGUCUUGGAUGUAAGGGACCGUGACACCUCCCUAUGGCAAGGCAGGGGGCUGCUGAAGACCGUUUCAAACAUCAACAACAUCAUCGCUCCGGCACUCAUUGACAACGAAAUCAUCGACAUCCGCAGGCAGGAACAGUGUGACCUGGCACUCCUCGAACUCGAUGGAUCGGAGAAUAAAAAUAAAUUGGGGUCCAAUGGUCUUUUGCCGGUUUCAAUAGCGAUAUGUAAGGCGGGGGCUGGCAAGAAGAGAGUUCCUGUCUACAGGCAUAUUGGAGAUUUACUUGGAAACGACGCAUUCACAUUGCCCGUACCCCUAUUUACCGUCAUCAGUGGAGGCAAGCAUGCUGGCAACAACCUAGCCUACCAGGAGGUCAUGAUCAUGCCAACGGGGGCUAGGUCAUUUAGAGAGGCAAUGAGAAUGGGAGCUGAAACCUCUCAGCUUCUCUUCAAUAUCGCUAAGUCCAAAUUAGGGUUGGGGACUACCUUCGUGGGUGACAGUGGGGGCCUAGCGGUGGACGUAGAUAAGGUAGAAGAUGUGAUUGAUUUGGUUGGGGAGGCCAUUAAACUGUCAGGCUACACUAAACAAGUCGACAUCGCAUUGGACGUUUCAGCGUCGUCAUUUUACAGGAAAGAAUAUGAUAAGUACGACUUCAAAUUCAAAAAUCCCAAACCUGAUCCAAAAAUGUUCAUGGACCGACAAAUGCUUCUGAAUAAUUACAUUGACAUCAUUGGCAGGUACCAAAUAGCCUCCAUAACAGAUCCAUUCUAUCAAGACCAUUUAGAUGAUUGGACGAAAUUGAAGAAGGCGUGUCCACGCAUUCAACUGGUCGGCGACGACUUGACAGUUACGAAUUAUAAAAGAAUCAAGAAGGUUGGACCGAACGGCGUUUGCAACUGCCUCUGUCUCAAGAUGAACCAGAUUGGAACGGUCACUGAAGCGAUGCGAGCAUUCGUCCAGGCCAAAACUUACGGCUGGUCGGUGAUGAUCUCCGACAGAGCCGGCGAAACUGACGACGUUUUUAUAGCAGAUUUGGCCCUCGGAACGGCUGCCGGGCAGCUAAAAGCUGGUGGUUUGUGUCGCUCAGAACACCUGGCCAAGUACAAUUAUCUUCUAAAAGUCGAAGAGACCAAUGCCAGGAACACAACUUACACUGGCAACAAUUACAGAGACUUCAACGAGUCGUUGUUGUUUGAUGAGAAUUUACGAAUCAGCAGUGUUUUUCAAUAA